GUCGCUAUGAGAAAAAAAAGAGGAGGAAGCAGCGAAAAGCAGAGAACGAAAGAAAGGAAUUCCGAGUUCAAGCUGUCACCACCGUCGAAAUUGUGCUGAAGAUUGCCGAAAACUCGCUGAAAACUCCUGUUAAUCCAUCUUGGAUCACGAUUCGGUUGAGCUUCAAGCUAGUGCAGAUAAAAUUUUCCCCGAAAAUCCAACUGUGAGCGUGUAAUUAGCAAUUAAGUGAAGCGCGCUACGUCCGCUUACCCUUCUCCUUCCCCUGUUGUGUGAUUGUUUCGAAUGUGUUGUGGCCACAAUUAAGCUGCUGCUUUAUUGUGAAUUCUAUCCUGUUUUGAAUGACCAGUUGCAUCGGUGGAAGAUACGCAGAUGGUCCAAUAGGUGGAAUGCAUUGCGAUUAUAUUCCGCCUUCGCAGCAACAGCAGCAGCAGCAUUUGUACGCCGGAGGAGGUGGUGGGGGAGGUAUGCCGAAGAAGUCAGAACCGGGUGAGAUUACAGGACUGGGCAGUCGUAGCAAGAGGAUGAACAAACUGGAUUCAGGCGUCGGUGGAGGACCAGGACAACAACAACCCCAGCCAGGACGGCCAGGAUCCGGAGGGGAUGCAGAUUUGAUGAGUAGUUUUGGCUUGAAGGAGGACGGUUCGCCGAUAAUGAAAGGCGGCCCGCCAGGAAAUGGUCCCGGGCCGUUGAAAGCUUCUGAUGCGUGCAGUAUCAACAGUAGUGUUGCGAACAGUGGACCGGGUAUUGAUUCGAUGUCUAAAAUGGGACCAGGAAUGGGUCCGGAUGUGCAUUCGGAAGCAGUGAAAAUGAAUCAAGGAAUUCCAGGAAUGAUGUCGAAUAAACCGUCGAACAAGCUGGAAUAUACCCAACAGCAAAGCCAGAUUUUCGUGUUUAGUACGGCUCUAGCGAAUAAGGGAGCGGAAGCUGUGAAUAGCGGACAGUUUGGCUCGAUCAUUGCAUAUCAUAGUGCACAGAUGCAAAAACAGAACCGGCUGGGUGGAUGUGGUCCAGAUGAUGGGGUGGUAGGAGUGAUGUCACCGUGGAUGGAUCAUGGGCAUGGUUCUCCCGAUCACCACAUGCGAAUGAAUCCUGGUCCAGGGCCAGGAAUACCACCCGAUGCCGUGAAAAAAUCGGCCACAAUACAUCACACGCCUAAUUCCUGCCUGGAUAAUGAAAACUCGGUUCCGGGAAUGUUUGGAAACGAGCAACAUUACAUGCGCAUGGGACAAGGACCAGACAUGGGCCCUAUGGGAAGCAAAAAACCAGCUACAAUCCACCACACGCCGAAUCCUUGCAUGGAUCAAGACGGCUCACUUCCAAUGUACCCUAAUGAUGGCCACCAUAUGCGGAUGGGACCUGGUCCGGAUGCGAUGUCGAAACCUUCGACUAUUCAUCACACACCGAACUCCUGCAUGGAUGGAUCAGAUCAGCCCGGUGAUCACUCCGGCCCUGGUGGACCAGUUGGUCAUCCGCCGGUGAUCAAAAUGGAAAAUCCUUCGCCCGGCGGUCCUGGUCCUGGACCCGGAAGUGGAGGCCAUUCUAGCUCAACUAUCAUCGAUCAAAUGAACUCAUUGGUAGCUUCCCUGCCGCUGAUGAAAGGUGGCAACGUUCUGUCGCAGUCACGAGGACAUCCGCAACCAUCUCUGCAGGGUGUAAAAGUUCCGGAUGAAAAUCUUACACCCCAACAACGACAGCACCGGGAACAACAACUAGCCACCAUUCGACAGAUGCAGAAAAUGUUCUUCCCUGAGCAGCGAGGAAUGAUGGACCCUCAUGGGAUGGGUAUGAGGCCCCAGUUUCGAGGCGGAAUGCCCGGCCCAGAUUUUGGUGGUCCACUGAACCGACCACUUAAUCCAGCAUUUAUGAACACUCCGCUGGGUGCAAACGGUCCAAUGGGACCAGAUGUACCUGGACCAGGAAUGAUCAACGAACAGAUUCCUCCAAUGCAAUAUAAUAAACCCGGCAUGAUGAAUCCUGGCAUGUACAUGGGAGGACCAGGAGGAGGUCAUAUGGGUCCUAUGGGUGGUCCAAUGGGCGGAGGAGGUCCUAUGGGCGGCGGCGGUCCGAUGGGCCCGGGCGGACCAAUGAAUCGCAUGUUCAAACCCGAUCCGGAUCCAAUCUUUCCACCAAUGACAGAAAUGGGAGGAGGCUACAACAGCAUGGGUAAUCAUGGUGGACCCGGACCUGGACCGGGAAUGUUCAACCCAGGUAUGCAACGAUUGGGUAUUCCUGGCGGUCCUGGACCAGGAGGCCCCGGUGGUCCGAAUAUGAUGUCGAAAAUGUCCGAUCAAGGCGGUCCGCUUCCGCAUUCGCCGCUUGUUGAUGACGAUCCGCUAAAGGGGGGUCCCCAUCAAAUGAUGCUUCCAAAUGCCCAAAACCAGCAGCAACAGCAAUCAGGUAAUUCGGGACCCAAUGGUCCCGGUAGCAAUGGAACCCCCAAUCCUCAAGGUGCCCAAAACCCCAACAACAAUGGGAAAUCGAAGGAGCAAUCCGUAUCGCCGGAGCACCAACAGCAGCAGGGUGGACCUGGCAGUCAGCAGGGCCCAUUGACACCUCAGACGCCGCAGGGUGGUCACCUGACGCCGGGCGGUGCGGGAGGACCGCUCACACCCCAAACGUCGAUGGCAAACACUUAAAGGUGAGUCCCAAUUGUGUCUCCUCUUCGUAAAUCGGUGUAACGAAGUUGAAUCAUCUUUGAAAUCUGCCUUAUGACAACACACACAAAACAAAUACACAAAAAAAAAAAACCCGUACCGAAAAUAGUGAAAGCAAACAAAUGAACCGAAUGUAACGAAAUUGAUCAAUAAGAAAAAACUGCUGUUGAUAAGGUUAGACCUGCGACACGGAUUGCAACACGAAAAUAAGCAAGAAACCAGUUAAAUAAAUAAAACAAACAAAAAAACUUAGUUAAGAAACAUGUGGUUAGGCAAACAGAGAGAAGAAAAAAAAACGUGUACGUGUAAGCUUUUUAUUAAAAAUCAUUUCUAUGUUCUCGUGACUCUCCGAAGUCAGAGUGUUUACAAACGUAGAGCAAAAAAAGAAGAAGAAGUAGAUUGGACGAAUAUCUCGUAUUUUUUCUGGCCGAAGAAGAAAAGAGCCUAUAUAUUUUCCUCUUUUUCUUUCUUCGAUUGUUUUCGAACCUUUUCCCAAGUGCAGCGUUUUCGAAUCAAUAUACAUAUAAGACUAACAACACACACACAACACACACAGAAAAAAGUAAAAAUAAUAAUUAACAGUUGAAUAAAAAGUGUAAUAAUUUUAA